AAAACUUUCCUUGCCUUCCACCUUUUUUCCAAGGAGAGACGACUUCAAGCCCUUAAAAUCCCAAAGUCACAUCCAGGAAUCCCUCCUUAAAGCAGAAGGCCCACACCUCAACUGAUCAGUAGAGAGAGAGGGGGAGGGGAACCUAGAGUCCUAGGCUGUCUUAUCUGUCCAAAAUCUAAACCCAAAACAGAAGGAUCAGUGGGGAAGAAGAGCUAAAACUUCUCCAUCCCUAAGACCCUCUUACAAGGUCCUGUCUCUUUCACUCUCUGUUCUACAUCCAUGCUAUGGAUAGAUAGAUGCCAACAACCCUGCUCCAGCUGCUCUGUUUUCCACUUGAGUUCCUCUCUCUUCCCCUCACAAACUAUACACAAUGUUCCAAACCACUCCCUUCUCCAUCUCCAUUAGGAGUAUUACUUCCCCAUCUUCCACUCCUUUAGAGCUAUUCUCUCUGUUUCCCUGCUUAAAACCCUAGCAAAACCCUAAAGACAUCAGUUUUCUAAAGAAAGGUGGCUCCUUUAAACUCGUACUCGAUUCCUCUUUGAAUCCGAUUGCUGAAACCUCCUUGUCAGAACAAAACCCUUUAGAUUUGGUCGCCGCAGAUAAAGGGUAAAGGGGAGAAGGUGCAAUUUUUGCGCUGGAUUUUCCUUGCCGACUCCUAUUUUCAUAUGAAAAUUCUUCUCUGUCAAUGAGUUGGAUCGAUCUCGAUGCUACCGGGGUGCUCGGUUUCGAGUCUGGCGGCAAAAUUCGCCUUCUUCCCGCCCGAGCCGCCUACCUACACCGUCAAGAAGGAAGACAAUGGGCGGCUGGUUGCCUCUGGGAUCCCACGGGAUCAUUCAUUGGAUGUCCUGGUGGUGGACACCAAGCGUGGGAACAAGGUUGUAGCAUUCUACUUGAGGAACCCCUAUGCCCGGCUCACGGUGCUAUACUCGCACGGCAAUGCCGCUGAUCUGGGGCAGCUUUAUGAUCUCUUUGUGCAGCUCAAGGUCAACCUCAGAGUUAAUCUGAUGGGAUACGACUAUUCUGGUUAUGGAGCCUCAACUGGUAAGCCAAGCGAAUACAACACUUAUGCAGACAUUGAGGCUGUAUACCGAUGCCUGGAAACUGAAUAUGGAGUCAGUCAGGAAGACUUGAUCUUGUAUGGGCAGUCUGUUGGUAGUGGUCCCACACUGCACUUGGCAGCUCGCUUGCCAAGAUUGCGUGGUGUGGUGCUUCACAGUGCUAUAUUGUCAGGCCUACGUGUGGUCUGCCAUGUGAAUUUCAAUUUCUGCUUUGACAUUUAUAAAAACAUUAACAAAAUUAAAAAGGUGAAGUGCCCUGUUCUCGUGAUUCAUGGAACUGAGGAUGAUGUAGUGAAUUGGCUUCAUGGUAAAGGGCUAUGGAAACUAGCUAGGGAUCCGUAUGAGCCUUUAUGGAUCAAAGGAGGUGGUCACUGCAACCUGGAGUUGUACCCGGACUACAUUCGCCAUCUAUGCAAGUUUAUCAAGGAAAUGGAGAACAUCACCACUGCAACUCGGCUCAAAAAGAUCCGACAGAGCCUCCAACUCCCUAGAAAAGGUUGUAACUUGUGCCACUCCACCACCACUACUUUCACUACUAGUUGCUGCCACCCAAUUAGAAUCCAGAAACCUACUUGCUCAGGCUGUUCACAAACAGGAUGUCUAAAUUUGUGGUGUUGCAAGGGUUCAGCGUACUUCUGCAACUGGUGCUGCCGUGGAGAUGGGCAGUGAUAUUGGUGUCUGUAUAGAAAUUUGCUUAGACAUUCUAGUGUAAUGCAACAAGUGAUCAAGCUCAUGUUGUGCAAGAGGAUGGAACGUAUCUAGUUGUUUGUUUCUACUUCUGACUCUGAGUUACAGUUCUCCAUGCCUUUGUUAAAAUAUUAUUUGAUUUGUACUGGGCUUGUCUCCAGAUGCUGCUAAUUGUGAUUUGGAUGCCAGUUGAAAUUAAAUAACUGACCAUUUGGUGCUAUCAGUC